GUGAGAGGAAUUGAGAAUCGUGGUAAAGCAUAACUGCGAGAUAUCACCAUUAAAAACAGCAGUUAUGAUACCCAUUUUGCGGUUGGUGUUUUCAGUUUUGUGUCUACCGUGUAUUUUAUGUACAUUCAGUUUAAAUGAUAAUGUGAUAAUAAAUAAUAAGGCUAGUGAUGAAAGUGAAUAUUUAACAACAGAAAAACAAGAACUCAGAAGCACUCCACUUCACUAUCCCAUAUUGAACAACAACACUUCAGCUACUUCUCGAAAACUAAUUCCUAACCUGAUCAAAAACCAAAAGAAACCAGUUCGUUCGAUCGAAGCUACAUCAGAAACUAGUAAACAUCAAAAAGACGUACUAAAUAUAGUUGGUAGUGGUAGUAAUCAUGGUACUAGGAAAAAACGAGAAAAGUGCAAAAGAAAAGGAAAGGGAGAAAAAAGUUUAAUGGAAAAAAUGUUACCGAUGAUGGCUACUCCUUUUCUAAUAUCCUCAAGUAUGGUUCCCAUGAUGUUGGUAUCUCUAUUUUUCGCAAUGAUAAAAAGUGCUUUCAUCGGCAAAAUUGGAAUCAUAUUGAUGUUGAUAAACAUGUUCACUAACAGAAGAAACUCCGGAGGAGCUACAACGCAUACGUUGAAUAUGGAAAAUCCAGGAAAUCGAAUAGCUAUGGACCACUACGGUUGGCAUGGAGACGAGGAAUACGGAGCCUACGUCAAUAAACGAAGAAGAAAGAGGAGCUGAUAGUGUCGUUUACUUAGAGACUCAAAUUUGUAUUAUAUUGUAAACUUCUUUCUUGGAUGGCCAGAAUAAA